UAUGUUUCUUUCCAGAUGUUUCAGAGCCUCAUUAAGAAUGUCUGGGUCCCCAUGAAGCCCUACUACACCCAGGUUUACCAGGAGAUCUGGGUGGGGAUGGGGCUGAUGAGCCUCAUCAUUUACAAGAUCCGGAGUGCUGAUAAAAGAGCAAAAGCUUUGAAAGGUCCGAGUCCCAAACCUGCUCAUGGUCAUCACUAACCAGCAGAGCCUGGAGCUCACCUCGGGGGAACUUCGGCCUGGCAGCAAACCUCAGCUCUGUUAGAUGGGAACAUGGGACACACUGUGUAUUGCAGAAGUGCCGUUUCCCUGCUGGCAUGAAUAAACAUACCUGUGAGACCACU